UGUUGAGAGUUUUCCCAAACUCUUGAUGGUCAACUUGUUCCUGAAUCAAAAGCUGAUGUUAUUUAACAUUGUAAAAUGUAGUAGCAAUAAAUAAAUAAUUCUCAUGAUGAAAAUGUAGUCAGUUUUUGUAUUUCCCGCAGUCUGGUAGAAAUGAAGUAGUAGGUAUCGUGCGCGCCGUGUUGUGUAAAUCGAUGCGCCUCGGCCGCGGGCUUUUAGCUACUUUUAGCCCACUCCAAUUUUUCUGCGUCCCGGUUUACGGACUUUUUGCUUCGUCUGAACCUUUAGAGACGUCACGAUGUUCAGCUUGAAAAAUUGGAAUAUUUGAUGAAGGUGUCUUAUCCUAAAAUAUCGUGCUCGAUAAAUUACAUUCUCAAAUAAGUUUGUGAAUUUUUUCUACAACAAACCAAGGGGGAUAUGAUUUUGGUUUUUUGCUGUUCAAGUAUUGGCCCGUGUCACGUCAAACAAUCCGUAAAAAGAUUAACAUACCAUUUGUAAUAUCAAUGAUUAACAAGGUUUUAUUAACCCCGACAAUUUGCGCUCAGCAAUACGGGAAAUUAUACGUACAAGCUGUAUAAUCAUAUUGAAUAAUGAGAAUUAACGCUACAAAAAUGAGUACUCCGAUCGAGGAGAAGAUUGAUCAGAAGUUGAAGGUGAGAACUGGAAUGGUAAGUGUUAGUGAUGGAAAGAGUAAACCUGUGCCAAUGCGUUUACAUCUAUCUAUGGAAGUUCUGAAGCUUCAAAGGGAAGAUUUAGAGCAGGCAGCAAAUCAUAAUAAACCACCUUUGGAUGCUAAGGAAAGAAUGGUUCAAAUUUUCAGACAAAAAGUUGGAGGAUUAGGAUUAAGUAUAAAAGGAGGAGCUGAACAUAAACUUCCUGUUCUCAUAUCUAGAAUAUACAAAGGUCAAGCAGCUGAUCAGUGUGGGCAAUUGUUUGUAGGAGAUGCAAUUAUUAAAGUGAAUGGAGAAUAUAUUACUGCAUGUAAUCAUGAUGAUGCAGUGAACAUUUUGAGAAAUGCUGGUGACAUAGUUGUUUUAACAGUGAAACACUAUAGAGCAGCAAAGCCAUUUCUCCAAAAAAAUGAAAAAGAAGAAAAAUUAGAUAAUGUAGCAAAUGGUGGUUCAGAAGAUGAAUGGUUAUCACUUAACAGACAAGCUGGUAGUCCUAGAUGUGGUCAUAGUAGACAGAAUUCUAAUGCAUCUGUCUCUUCAAUGCAGUGUAAAAAAUGGGUGGAUGUUAUAACAGUUCCAUUAAUGAUGGCUUAUGUGACAAGGUAUAUCUUUGGAACAGAUAAAUUAAGAAGAAACGCGUUUGAAGUACGAGGAUUAAAUGGUGCACGCACGGGUGUAAUACACUGUGAUGAUAGUGCCAUUUUAAGUCAAUGGUUGAAGUAUAUAACUGAUAAUAUUACUGGCUUAACCCACCUACAGAUGAAAUUAUAUAAUCGCAACUUCGGAGUUGGAGAACGUAUCGAAUACAUGGGCUGGGUGAAUGAAGCAGUAAGCAAUAGUAAUCAACCAUGGCAAAGUUAUAGACCAAGAUUUUUAGCUUUGAAAGGACCCGAUUUAUUAUUAUUUGAAACACCUCCUUGCAAUAUAGGAGAUUGGUCACGAUGUGCAUUAACUUUUAAAGUAUAUCAAACGAUGUUUCGCGUAAUGCGAGAAUCUGAAAAUGUAGACGAAAGACAACAUUGCUUCUUAGCACAAAGUCCUGGUAAACCUCCGCGAUAUCUGAGCGUUGAAACUAGACAAGAACUUUUAAGAGUGGAAGCAGCAUGGCAUACUGCAGUAUGUUCAGCUGUUACACAUUUAAAAAGUAAAACAUUUCCGGUCACUUUUAACGGAAGAAGCGCAGGAUUGACGUUAGAGUGGACUCAAGGUUUUACACUUUCUUACGAAGAUAUUGGAGAAACUAUAUGGCGUUAUAAAUUUUCUCAAUUGAGAGGGUCUAGCGACGAUGGAAAGAGCAGAUUAAAAUUGCAUUUUCAAGAAUCUGAUAGUAUUGCUAUAGAAACAAAGGAAUUGGAAUGUUCUCAAUUGCAAAAUUUAUUAUUCUGUAUGCACGCAUUUUUAACCGCAAAAGUUGCUGCCGUUGAUCCAACAUUUUUAACAUCAACAACACCGUAAUCUCGAAGUAAGUAUUAUUGCCAAAUAAAUCAGGAUAUGAAUCAUUGUUCAAUAUUCAUAUACUUAUAUAAACGUACAGAUUACGAUAAUUAAUUAAUUAGAACAAAGACAUGUCAAAUACUAGUCAAUUUCCGGGAAGUCUUUAUUGUUUUUGAAAAAUUAUAUUAAUGCUUUCAGCUUUAUUUUUAUGGAACUUAGCAAUAUUAGUUACUAAAAAUUAUUUUAUUUGUAUAUACCAUUGUGUACCUUGUUAUUAAUUAAGCACUGCUAUUUAUUUUUUUUUAUAUUUUAAUGAACUGAAAUUUUUGACAAAAUUUACAAUUUUACUGCGAUAUUUUUUAUCAAACAUGUAAUAUAAAUAUUAUUUUAGUUUUGAAAGCAUAUUGUUUUGUAAUAAAAGAAAGCAUAUGUUUAUUUAGUGUAAAGAACGUUUAGUAAGAAAUUUAAAAACGUUUCAAUGCGCUCGUUCAUGAUUUUUAAGUUCCAACGAUAAGACGGUCUUCUUUGAACAGUGUGUCACACAUUAACGUGUUAAGUUAUCUUUCACGUAUAUCUGGUGCCUUAAAAACCAUGAACAAGGUGUAAUUAAUAAGUUAAAAAAAAAGAAGCAUCGAAAUUGUAUAGUUCUUUAGACCAGCAAAUUCUAUGCAUUUAAUAUCAAUAAAUAUACAUUUAACUAGAAAAUUUCAUCUUAUGUUAAAAACAGAGAUAUGUGAUUAUGAGAUUAUUAGCAUGAUAUCAAUUUAAAAACAGUAUUAAUUUAAUAAAACAAAAUCAUGGUGUAAUAAUGUAAUAGCAAUAAGUAGUUACAGUAGACCAUGGUGGCUGUCCAAUAAAAAAUUUCUUUACUAAUAUACGAGGGAUAGAUUACAGGGGCAAGUAUAAAUUAUCUGAAGCUUGUUAUUGAACGAGUUUAAUAAAACAUUGAAUUGUUAAUUCGUUUCAAUAAAAUCUAGCAGUGCAUUUUCAA